UUAAUAGAAAUUGAUCCAAUCGAAGUUUUUAUAAAAAUAAUAUUUAGUUUGAAAGGACUUUUAUUUUCUACUUGCUGUUCUCGUACUUUUACUCUACUAAUGUCAAGAACUAUUCGUAAACCAACAGAAGGAAUACAUCCUUCAUGUUACAUCCCAUCUAGACUAGAAGAGCGUCGAACUAAAGAAAAACAAUUAAGACAAGAGCGAAGAAGGAAGAUAUCUGACAAACCUGACGAUUUUGUGACUUACGAUGAUUCUGAUAGCGAGGAAGAGACUCCGCACCAGCAGAGGCAGGUGCUAAAUACAUCCUUCAAUUUUGUUGACUACGUUAGAUCUCGCGAAUCAGACUUGAAAGAAGUUCGUCAGGUUGAUCCAUCACACGCAUCUCGCCACAUCCUCAUACAUGAUAUGUUUAAAGAGACACCAAUUAAUCUCGGAAAUAUCAACAAAGUAUUUUGUUCGCAGUGGCUGAGUAAUCGACAAGUAGUAUUUGGAACAAAAUGUAAUAAAUUGAUGGUCUAUGAUGUGAAUAUGAGACGAGUCGAUGCAAUUCCGACAUUAAGAAACUCGAGAGGUGCUAACCCUGACACACAAUCUGGAAUUCAUUCAUGUCAAAUUAAUCCAAGUCGAACACUGCUAGCCACAGGAGCGAGACAUUCGGCUGAUAUUGCAAUAUACAGACUUCCCACUCUUGAUCCAAUAUGUAUUGGAGAAAAUGCUCACCGUGAUUGGGUGUUCGACAUGUGUUGGCUUGAUGAUCAGUUUCUUGUGUCAGGCUCCCGAGAUACCAAGUUAGCUCUUUGGCGUAUUAACGAAGACAUCAUAGACUUCCCUGAAAAGAUUAAAGGAGAAGAAGCAGAAGCCUGUCCUCAAUACGCGCACAUUAAUUCAGUGUGCAUCAAAGACGUACGAAGUGCACAGAAAAUUCGAGCUGUUUGUUUCAACAAAGAAUAUAAAGAAAUUGCUUUACUCUCACUUAAUGGCUACAUGCAUCUUUUCAACGCUGAAACUUUUUCUCAAAAAAUGUCUCGAAAGCUUCCCAACUGCCAGGAAAAUGUGUGCAUUGCAUGUCAAGAGAAUGGACUUUAUGCUGUAGGUUGCCGCUCAUAUACAUUACUAUUAGAUCCACGCACAUUGCAAGCUGUUAAGAAGAUAGCUUCUCGCUACAAUGGCUGUGGGAUUCGAUCAGCAAGCUUUCAACAAAAUAUCUUAACAAUUGGCACUGGCUUGGGAAUGUUGAUGUUUUAUGAUGUUCGGGCUGGAAAGUAUCUUGAGAGCAGCAUUCACACUUCAAGAACAGUCGUGUUAAGAGCCAGCAAAGGCUAUGUGUUUCCGGAUGAAGAUAUUGACAACUUAUCGAAUGUGAAAUAUGUUCCAGCUAUUUACACUCACUGUUAUGAUCAAAGCUAUACGAGACUGUUCACGGCUGGUGGUCCUUUACCAGCUACAUUGAUAGGCAAUUAUUGCGGUAUUUGGCAGUAAUGAAUUAUAUUUAAUUAUUUGCAUCCGACGAAUGAAGUUUUCUGUAAUGAUUGUAUUCCUUUUAUUUAAUAAAAAGAACUGUGGACAUAUAAUUUUAAUCUUUUUAUUAAAGCUUUUGCAUCAAUGGAAAGGAAGCGUUAGUAAAUAUUAUGAAGUUAUAAAAGUUGAAAGAAAAUAAAGCAAAGAAAUAAUAAAAAUUCAAUGAAAAGUUGAAAUUUUCAUCAAUUUAGAAAAAAAAUCACUGCAACUGCAACUUAGAUUCCUUAAGUGCUGCAACUGCUUUGAUAUACUCGUCUUUUUCUUCAAGAUCUUUUUCAUUCUUCAACAUCUCACUUAACUCUUCAUAAGCUGUUUUCAACCUUCGCUGACAUUCUGGAAUCAUCAUGAGAUUUUCCUGAAUUACUUCCUCUUGCUUUCUUAUGUCGUGUUCAUCUCGAUUUUCUGCACGAAAUUUUAGAAUUCUCUUUUGUUCGUUUUCGGCUUCUUUCUCGUAUGAGACUUUUUCCUUUGCAUAUCUCUUGACAACACCGGUUUUAAUGAAAAUUUGACGUAAUCUUGUAUCUGCCAUUGUUAGAGGUUAAUUGUGUCUUUUAAACUUACUUUAGAUCAUAAAUUUCUUUGUAAUAAUUUCAAACAGUUACUCAGAGGACUCCUAUAUGACUCAUGUUAUUAG